AUGCCCGCAAUGAUAGACGACCCGGCCUCACCGGCCAUCUACCGGCGAUCGGGUGCAGCGCCCUACCCGCAGCCCGGCGACCCGCUGCCCUCGUCCAUCCAGCCGCGCAGCCUCGUCCUGCGCGACCGCACCACCAAAGCGACGCUGAUCCCCUUCUCGGCGCCGUCGCAGGUCCCGCUCUCGCUGCUCGACUACCUGCGGCAGCAGCUGAACCGCGAAAUCGAAAAGGGUGACACCUAUCCCAUGAUCGACAACUUCACCUUUGAGACCUUCGGCCCGUACUGGUUCCAGAACUUCGGUGCCGUCAUGCUCUUGGGCGACAUCGCCGGCGGCGCCGACGAGGUGCGCCGCAUGGAGGAGCAGGAGGGCGGCGUCAAUUGGGAGAAGCAGUGCCUGGGCAGCUUCUACAUCAAGCCCAACUACCCCGGCCGCUCCAGUCACGUGUGCAAUGGCGGCUUCCUCGUCACCGACGGCGCCAGGAAUCGUGGUGUGGGAAGGCUCAUGGAUAAGGGUCUGAUCAUCGCGCCCCUCCUCCCCCAUUCCGUGGGGGCGCGCGGCGAAAACCAACAGGGCUACACCUACUCCGUUUUCAACCUCGUCUACGAGACCAACGUCGCCUCGUGCCGCAUCUGGGACGCGCUGGGCUUCAAGCGCAUCGGGCGGGUCCCCGGCUGCGGCAACCUCGCCACCCAGCCCGAGGGCCACUUCGUCGACGCCAUCAUCUACGGCCGCCACCUCGGCUACAAGAAGGAGGACGCCGACGACGAGCGGCGCUUCGAGAGGAUCAAGUAUUACCUCAAGACCGGCAAGUAUCCAGGCGACGCUGAUUCCGCGGAAAAGAACAGACUCCGCGCCGCAGUGAGGAACUACACUCUCGUCGAGAGUGGCGGCGGCAAGAAUGGUGCUACCGGUGUUGAUGGUGGUGAUGGAAGUGGCGGUGGCGGCGGCCACGGCGGAGGAGAUGGUAUCUCUGGUGGUGGAGGGGACAAGCUGAUGCUGGGAGACAAGGAGGUCAUCUCCGAGCCGCGCAUGCAGUACGAAAUCGCGCGGCGGUACCACCGCCAGAAUAAGGACACGCACGCGGGCAUCAACAAGACCACCGCCACCGUGUCGGAGAAAUACCAUUGGAACCGGAUCAAGACAACCGUCACCGAAGUGAUUGAGAACUGCACCGAGUGCAAUGAGAAGCUGAAGAAGAAGUCGCUGAAAGCCGCGGCCGCGGCCGCAGCCAGCAACAACAAUAAUCAUGGCGGCGGCGGCGGCGGAAACGGAGGCGGCGCGCGCAAGAUCAGCGGCGGUGAAAUGUCCGCCGGCGCCGGCAUCGCGAAUGCGUCGCUGUCCCAGUCGUCGUCUUCAGAGAAUCUGCUGGCUUCCGCUUCAAGUGCACCAACGCCUGCGCCGCCACUGGAGUUCGUAUUCCAACAUGAAUUUGCUGUAGUAGACGGGUCCUCGGCCGCCGGGAGCGCCGCAGCCACUCCGCGCGCUUCUCCGUCCGUAUCUGAAAUGCACUACGGUGACGACGACAUGGCGCUUGAUCCACACAACAUCGCCAUGCUAAGCUCUGCCGUGCAAAAUCUGGGGAGUUCCGUAGACGGUGUCGUCGGCGGCAGCGGCGGCGGCGGCGACCCUUCUUCAUCCGGCCCCCAUCAGCCAUUCCAGUCUCCUCCUCCGUUGCAUCAAUCGUCUUUCGGUGAAAGUUUCAGUGACCCGUACCACCACCAUCACCACCACGACCCGGACGGCCUGGCCACGUCGAUAGACCCCGCAAGCCUGCAGCAAUAUCGUCAUCAUCAUCACCAUCAUGAUCAGCAUCCUGUGACGCACCAGCAAUACCUUUCGCCAUACCAGCCGCUUGCGGAUGGCGCGGGCCACUUUGGUUCCCCGUCGCGACACCAUUUGGGCCAAGGAUUCCUGGAUCAAGAUGGCGUAAUAAUAGAUGGCGAUUCUUCAGAUACCCAACAACAGCCUUUCGGUGCUUCGUGA